AUGGAUGGUGCCGUCGGCUGGUCCAUGCCUGGACUAUUUCUCGUCGAGCGGUUCAGAUUGUCACCAGUGUUGGUCUUUGUUGCGAUUGCGUUUCUUGUUGCGUUGGCGGAUGGUUGCAGCCCAGCUGUCCGUGACUUGGAAGGAUGCUUCUGUGCGCCGGCCGUGGCGGCCGCUUUUCUCGUCGUGCGCCCGGGGGUCUCUGCCGCCAAGGAUCCCCUGUGGCAGCUGCCCUCCUGUAACAUCGAAAUCUUGGAGGAGGACGCUUGGAGGUCGCGCUUCUUGGACGAGUUUCACGGGCAGCGCCCGGCGAUCCUCCGGGGCUGGAGCUCCGAGGCGGGGGAGGCGCUGGCGCGGCGCACAGAGCGGCAGCGGCUGCUGGCGGACUUUGGGCAGAUCGAGGUGCGUGUUGGCCAUGGCUUCUUCUUCCACGUUCGAGGGCAGGCCGAAGAGAGCAUGGCUUUGGCAGACUUCAUCGAGAGCAUGCCCAACGACAACUACAUGUUCGACUUUGGCGAGUUUAUGGAGCAGAGCGGUCUAUCUGCGAACUGGACUCUCCCGCCUCUUCUGGGACAGCUCGGCAACUACGACAACUCCUCCGUGCCCCUUCGCCUAGCCUUGGGCGGUGCUGGCCAGGGGAUGCCUUUUCACAGCCAUGAAGACUCGUACCACCUGCAGCUGCAUGGCCGCAAACGUUGGGGAAUCUAUGCGCCUGGGAAGAUGACGCGGACCGGCGUCCUUCACUCGGAGGACUACGCGACCUGGCUCAGGUUUCGAAGGACGGGCAAGGGCUUCGUGCCGCCGCAGUGGGAAUGCGUGUCCGAGCCAGGUGACCUCCUGUACGUCCCGGAAGGCUUCCAGCACGCCACGGCGAGUCUGGGCUACUCCCUGGCUGUGGUGCAGCACGCGCGCCGCGCGCUGCAGUCCUCGGCGGUCUUCCACUGGCGUGCGGCCGUCCAGGCCCAGCGGGAGGGGCAGCGCAAGGAGGCCAUCAAGCUGGCCAAGAAGGCCACAAAGCUCGACCCCAGCAACUCGGACAUGUGGCUGACCUUGGGGCAGCUGCACCAGUCAGACACUGUAAGCAUGGUGAAAUUCUGUGAGAGGGGCCUCAAGGCUAACCCCCUCUGCGCCAAGACUCGGCUUCACCUGCUGAUGGCCUACAACACGCUCGGCCUAACAAGCAAGACCCAGGCGCUCAUGGAAGACACCAAGGCGCUGGGCCAGGGCAUGGUGGAAACCGUGGACUUCCUCGUUCCCAGACCUUCGUUUCAUGCGUUGGCGCGAUUUCCUGUUCCCCCAAAAUCUUCUUAG